CACACGCGCGCACACACAGAGUGUCAUGGCGGCGGCGAGCCGGAGCGGAGCGAUUCAGGAAGAGAUGGCGCUGUGAAGAAGAGACACAAGGAUAAGUGCGAGAGGAACUGCGAGCUCGCAGCGGAGGAUUUCAGGAGUGUUUUUACCGAAAGAGAGAAAGAGGGAGAGAGAAAGAGGCAGAGAGAGGGCGCUGAGUCUGUGUCCUGCUCUGAACAAGAAGAAGAAGAAGAGGUGAAGCUGAGUUUCCUGUCUGUUUAAACAACAAACCUUCACCAGUUUCGUGUUUUACUAAGAAAUAGGAAAAUAACACACCAGGUUUUCGCGCUAACUUCGUUCUUGUCUUCCUCGUAGACCCCCAGCAGUGCCGAGUGUCCGCGCACGAGCGCUAAUCUCACCUGUAAUCUCACCUGUCGUCUAAACCCACCUGUCUUUAUUUAACCCCACCCGUUUCCAGAGACGUCGGGAAAGUGCACGAGUGGGUCUGCAAGGCUUGUUUAUCACAACACCGAGCUUUACUCGACUUCCAAGCUGCUGUUUUUUCUUUAAAAAAGAAAAAAAAAAACCCUGAGUCACCUUGAAGAGGAACAGGUGUCUCACCUGGUAUGGCGGACGACAGAGCGCCCCCUGGUGGAAAGGGCAUCAUGCCCACGGUGCCCAUCAGGGGCAUCCGGAUGAAGUUCGCCGUGCUGGAGGGGCUCCUCGAGGCUGGCGAGGUGACGACCCGGGACGUCGUGGAGACGCUGUUCAACCUGCUGGUCGGCGGUCAGUUUGACCUGGAGAUGAACUUCAUCAUCCAGGAGACAGAGAGCAUCACAUGCAUGGUGGACCUGCUGGAUAAGUGUGAGGUCACGUGUCAGGCGGAGGUGUGGAGCAUGUUCACGGCCGUGCUGAAGAAGAGCGUGAGGAACCUGCAGGCCUGCACCGACGUCGGUCUCAUCACACUCGUCCUGCAGAGGAUAGACAGGAUGGACAGUAUGAUCGCAGACCUGCUGGUGGACAUGCUGGGUGUUUUGGCGAGUUACAGCAUCACAGUGAAGGAGCUGAAGCUCUAUUUCAGUAAACUGCAGGGAGAGAAAGGACAGUGGCCUCCUCACGCUGUGAAGCUGCUGUCGGUGUUGAAGUCCAUGGCUCAUCGCUCCGGCCCUGACGCGUUCUUCACUUUUCCUGGAAAGAGCGCGGCGGCUAUAGCACUUCCACCCAUCGCUAAAUGGCCGUACCAGAACGGCUUCACCUUCCACACCUGGCUGCGUCUGGAUCCAAUGAGCAACAUCAACGUAGACAAAGACAAGCCGUACCUGUACUGUUUUCGGACGAGUAAAGGUAUGGGUUAUUCGGCCCAUUUCGUCGGCGGAUGUCUGAUCGUUACCGCGCUGAAGGCCAAAGGGAAAGGAGUCCAGCACUGCGUCAAGUUCGACUUCAAACCCCAGAAGUGGUACAUGGUGACCAUCGUACACAUCUACCAUCGCUGGAAGAACAGCGAGAUUAGCUGCUAUGUGAACGGAGAGCUGAUGUCAUCCGGAGAGCUCGCGUGGUUCGUCAACACCAGUGAGACGUUUGAUAAAUGUUUCCUGGGCUCGGCGGAGACGGCGGACGCUAACCGCGUGUUUUGUGGCCAGAUGGGGGCGGUGUACGUGUUCAACACCGAACUCAACGCCGCACAGAUCUUCGCCAUCUAUCAGCUAGGCCCCUCCUACAAAGGCGUGUUUAGGUAUAAAGCCGAAAGCGACCUGCUGUUUGCGGAUCAUCACAAGUCUCUGCUGUACGACGGAAAACUGAGCGGCAGCAUCGCCUUCACCUACAACCCCCGCGCUACAGACGCCCAGCUGUGCCUCGAGUCAUCGCCCAGAGACAACACGUCCAUCUUCAUACACUCUCCUCAUGCCCUGAUGCUGCAGGAUGUAAAGGCUGUGGUCACUCACUCGGUGCAGAGUGCUGUUCACUCUAUAGGAGGAGUGCAGGUUCUCUUCCCUCUCUUCACUCAGCUGGACUUUGUGCAGCCGAACAGCGAGGAGCCUGACACCUCUGUCUCCUGCACUCUGCUGUCGUUCCUGUUGGAGUUGUUGAAGUCGUCAGUAGCGAUGCAGGAGCAGAUCCUGGCCUGUAAGGGCUUCCUCGUCAUGGGAUACUCCCUGGAGAAGUCUUCCAAAGUCCACGUAACGAGACCCGUGCUGGACAUCGUCUUGUCAUUCGCUCGGUAUCUGAGUAACCUGCCCCACGGCAUCUUACUGCUCAAACAGCUGUGUGAUCACAUCCUGUUCAACCCAGCCAUCUGGAUACACACACCAGCAAAGGUGCAGCAGGUCUUGUACACGUAUCUGGCCACCGAGUUUAUCAGCACAGUGACGAUCUACAACGCCGUGCGCCGGGUGGGGACCGUGCUCCAGGUCAUGCACACGCUUAAAUAUUACUACUGGGUGGUUAAUCCACAGGACCGCAGCGGAGUGAUGCCUAAAGGCCUCGAUGGUCCGAGGCCCGUUCAGAAGGAGAUCCACGCUCUCAGAGCGUUCCUGCUGCUCUUCGUCAAGCAGCUCAUUAUGAAGGAUUCAGGAGUCAAGGAAGAUGAGCUGCAGAGCAUCCUAAACUACCUGCUCACUAUGCACGAGGAUGAUAACCUGAUGGACGUCCUGCAGCUGCUCGUGGCGUUGAUGUCCGAACACCCAACUUCCAUGGUGCAGGCGUUCGAUCAGCGUAACGGCAUCCGGGUCAUUUACAAGCUCUUGGCGUCUAAAAGUGAGGGAAUUCGAGUGCAGGCGCUGAAAGUCUUGGGUUAUUUCCUCCGUCAUUUACAGCCCAAGAGGAAGUCCGAGGUCAUGCUGAGUCAUGGUUUGUUUUCGCUCCUGACCGAACGCCUGCUGCUGCACGCCAGUCAGUUCUCCAUGACCACCUACAACGUCCUGUUCGAGGUUCUGACGGAGCAGAUCUGCACGCAGGUGAUCCACAAGCAGCAUCCUGAACCCGACUCUACUGUCAAGAUCCAAAACCCACAGAUCCUAAAGGUGAUCGCGGCACUGCUGAAGAAUAGCGCGUCUCCUGAAAGCAUGGAGAUUCGCCGAGUCUUUCUGUCCGACAUGAUUAAACUGUUUAACAGCAGCGGAGAAAACAGAAGGAGCCUCCUGCAGUGCUCAGUGUGGCAGGAGUGGAUGCUCUCUCUCUGCUUUAUAAAUCCGAGCAACAGUGACGAGCUGAAGAUCACAGAGAUGGUGUACACCAUCUUCCGCAUCCUCCUCUAUCACGCCAUCAAGCACGAGUGGGGAGGCUGGCGCGUGUGGGUCGACACACUCUCCAUCACACAUUCCAAGGUCACCUUCGAGCAGCACAAAGAAAGCUUAUCCCAUGUCUUCCACGAAUACCAGCGAAUGGGUUCCAACGGCGCCGCUGAGAUCAGAACUGUAUCCGGGACGAGCGGAAACAGUGAACUUAAUGCAGAAUUACCAGAAACACCACUAGAACCACCAUCCACCAUUAUCGAGCUAAAUGUGGAAGAGCAAAUCUGUGGAGAACAUGAUGACCACGAGGAAAGAGCGCAGGUCACCGUUUCAAACAUCUUGGCCAGAGCUGACGAAGAGGACGAGGAAGGAAAAAGUGAAGGCUCCGUUCAGAAGAAACACAAUGAAGGUGAAUCAGAGGCACCUAAAGAGAUACAAAAGAGUAAGGAAAGCAAUCAGGAAGUAGACGGAGGAAAGGAUAGAGAAGGAGAAGAUGUGGAGGAAAAGACAGACAAAAAUAAAGUGGGUGGUGAAGACACGAGUGAAGCAGUUGAUCAAAAAAGCUUAGAAGCAAAAAGCCAGGAAGUGGAAACUGAUCAGAAAGCCAGUGUAGAGAAGAUCUUGGUAAAAGAAGAGGAUAAAAUCAGAACUGAAGAUGGAACAGAAACAAAGGCUGAUUCUGGUGAAGGAUUAAAAGAAUCAGGACGAAGUGAGACUGAGAAGAAAGAGGCUGUGACUCCGGUUCAAGGAGAUGAGGAACAGGAGGAGAAGUCGUCUGAGACGUCUGAAGAGAGCCCCAGUGCAGAAAAGGCUUCAGACAUGGAGGUGAGCCCUAGCACAGAAGUGGUCCAAAGUGCAGACAAAGCUACUAGUGUCCAAGAAAGCCCUAGUUUGGAGACGACCUUUAACUCGCAGGAGGUUCCUAGUGUUCAGGAGAGUCCUAACGGGGAUCUGAGCCCCAGCACGGAGGAGGACUCAAGUGCACAAGAGGCCCUCAGUGCGGAGGAAAGCUCCAGCAAGCAGGGGAGCCCCAGUGUGGAGACGGACCCUAGCACAGAGAAGAGCCCGAGUACUCAAGAGGUCUCUGGUGCGGAGGUGAGUCCCAGCACACAGCAGAGUCCUAGCGUCCCAGAGAGCCCCAAUGCAGAGAGAGGUUUAAAGCCCAAAGAGGUUAAAAUCGCCAGACUUGAUGUCUCCAGCGUGGCCAUAGACACAGAGCGACUGGAGCUGAAAGACAUGUCAGCUGCUGUCGGAGGCCAAAACCAAGCAGGAGCCAGCACAUCUGCGCAGAACAGAGACGGUUCCUCGUCCCCCUCUCGUUCCAGCAUGUUCCGUAUCCCGGAAUUCAAGUGGUCUCACAUGCAUCAGCGGCUGCUGACCGAUCUGCUGUUCUCCGUCGAGACGGACCUGCAGAUGUGGAGGAGCCAUUCCACUAAGACAGUGGUGGACUUUGUGAACAGCAGUGAGAACGUGGUGUUUGUGCACAACACGGUGCAUCUGAUCUCUCAGGUGGUGGAUAAUCUGAUCAUGGCAUCUGGAGGAAUCCUGCCUCUGCUCUCCGCGGCCACUUCGUCCACGCAUGAGCUGGAAGCGAUAGACGCGUCCCAGGGUCUGGAAGUGGAGACGUCCCUGUCCUUCCUACAGCGUCUCAUCUCGCUGGUGGACGUCCUCGUCUUUUCCAGCUCUCUAAACUUCACUGAGAUCGAGGCGGAAAAGAACAUGACGUCGGGAGGAGUGCUGAGGCAGUGCUUACGCCUCGUGUGCACUAUGGCUGUGAGGAGUUGUUUGGAGUGUCAGCAUCACUCUCUUUAUAAAUCCGGAAUGGAGAAAACACAGCAAGGCCUUCUGGGAAAUACCAAGUUUAUUCCAGCACAGAGUCCAGUGGACAUGCUAACAGGAAGGAUCUCUCCAGUCCGAGACGUGGAACGUCUGCUGCAGGACAUGGACAUCAACCGUCUCCGAGCCAUCGUCUUCAGAGACAUUGAGGACAGUAAGCAGGCUCAGUUUUUGGCCCUGGCCGUUGUUUACUUCAUCUCUGUUCUCAUGGUGUCCAAAUACCGAGACAUUCUGGAGCCGCACAACGACAAGAGAGUCAACACACACUCUUCUCGGAGCACAGAGAGCGUCAGUUCUGACUUGGAAAACCCCUCCCCCCUCCAACGGCGUGACUCCACCCCCGCAAACGAGCACUCACCUGUUUCCCCGAGCGAGGCCGGCGAAUCCCACUCGGCGCCGGACGCCGUCUCCGAGGCUCUUUCCACGUUGUCGUCUGAGGUCAAAGGGCACGAGGACACCACGGACAAGGACAAAAAGGGAAAGAGUGUGAAGGUGAAAGACAUCCUGAGGAGCCUGGUAAGCUCCUCCCCGGCAGAUGAUGUCAUCGUGGACACGAGUCUCUUACCACCAGCGUUUUUGGGGAAGCAAGAAGUCCAAACUCAGUUCAGCUCAUUCGACAGGAGUGUUGUUGUAGCGUCUAAGAAAAUGGGCGGAACUUCAGCAGCAAACCCCGCCCCCACUUCCUCUUCCUCCUCGUCUUCCACACACGUCCCACAAUCCCCCACUGCCUCCGCAGGUGGAACUCCUGUUGUCAGCGUUUCUAUGGUUACCGCAGGUGACUCCACCCCGAGCAGUGCUGCGGAGUCAGGAGGACCAGUGAGCCCCUCUGACCUGCCAUCUGUUCCACUCUCACCCACCACCACCCUGAGUAUCUCUGAGCGUCUGGAACACGCUCUGGAGAAAGCAGCCCCGUUGCUGCGAGAGAUCUUCAUGGACUUCGCUCCAUUCCUGUCGCGGACGUUACUCGGGAGUCACGGACAGGAGCUGCUGAUCGAGGGAACCAGUCUGGUGUGUAUGAAGUCCAGUAGCUCUGUAGUCGAGCUGGUCAUGCUGCUGUGUUCCCAGGAAUGGCAAAACUCCAUCCAGAAGAACGCAGGUUUAGCUUUCAUCGAGCUCGUUAAUGAGGGAAGGUUGCUGAGCCACACUAUGAAGGAUCAUCUCGUCCGUGUGGCGAACGAAGCCGAGUUCAUUCUCAGUCGACAGAGAGCCGAGGACAUACACAAACAUGCCGAUUUUGAGUCUCACUGCGCUCAGUACACAGCAGAGAAGCGCGAAGAAGAGAAGAUGUGUGAUCACCUGAUCCGAGCCGCAAAAUACCGUGAUCAUGUGACCGCCACGCAGCUCAUCCAGAAGAUCAUCAACAUCCUGACUGACAAACAUGGGGCCUGGGGAAGCUCCGCCCACAGUAAGCAGUGUUUUUGGCGUUUGGACUUGUGGGAGGACGACCUGCGGAGACGUCGCCGCUUCAUCAGAAACGCUUUUGGCUCAUCACAUUCGGAGGCCACACUCAAAUCUGCAGCCGAGCAUGCUCCCGAGGACGAUGUGCUGAAGGGACAACAGCUCGGGAAGGACACGGCGAGGAGUCAGAUCUCCGAGAGUGAGAGUCUGCCCGAGGGAGACGACGAGACGCUUUCAUCUGUGGAGGAGAAAGAGCUGGACAGUCUCACCGGCACGGUGUCUCUCAGCACGGUAGCCGAGCUGGUCUCCCCCGCACUUGUCAUGAAAGGAACUCUGUCCAUCACGGCUAACGAGCUUUACUUCGAGGUGGACGAAGACGAGCCGAGCUUCAAGAGCGUUGACCCCAAGUUGUUGCCGUAUGCGGACGGACUACACGGGAAGUGGAUGUUCUCAGAGAUCCGAGCGAUCUUCUCGCGGCGGUACCUCCUGCAGAACACAGCGCUGGAGAUCUUCUUAGCCAAUCGGACCUCGGUGAUGUUUAACUUCGCCGACGCCGCGACGGUGAAGAAAGUGGUUCAUGCGCUGCCCAGAGUCGGAGUCGGCACUAACUUCGGCCUCCCACAGACCAGGCGGAUUUCUCUAGCGACUCCUAAACAGCUCUUUAAAGCCUCCAACAUGACUCAACGCUGGCAGAAACGCGAAAUCUCCAACUUCGAGUACCUCAUGUUCCUCAACACCAUUGCAGGACGCACAUUUAACGACCUGAAUCAGUAUCCCGUGUUUCCCUGGAUCAUCAGCAACUACGACAGUGAAGAGCUCGACCUCACACUGCCCAGCAAUUACAGAGAUCUGAGCAAGCCGAUCGGAGCCCUGAACCCAAAGAGAGCCGCUUUCUUCUCCGAACGCUAUGAAUCCUGGGAAGACGAGCAAGUCCCCAAAUUCCACUACGGCACACACUACUCCACGGCCAGCUUCACCAUGAUGUGGCUCCUGAGGAUCGAGCCGUUCACUACGUUCUUCCUCAACUUCCAAGGAGGGAAGUUUGAUCAUGCAGACCGAACCUUCUCCUCCGUCGCCAGAGCCUGGAGGAACUGUCAGAGAGACACGUCUGAUGUGAAGGAGCUGAUCCCCGAGUUCUUCUACCUGCCAGAGAUGUUCAUUAACGCUAACGACUAUAAUCUGGGAGUGAUGGAUGAUGGGACUGUGGUGUGUGAUGUCGAGCUGCCGCCGUGGGCAAAGAGUCCGGAGGACUUUGUUCGCAUCAACCGCAUGGCACUGGAGAGUGAGUUUGUGUCGUGUCAGCUUCAUCAGUGGGUGGAUCUGAUCUUCGGCUACAAGCAGCGUGGACCGGAAGCAGCGCGCGCCCUCAACGUCUACUACUACCUCACCUACGAGGGGGCGGUGAACCUCAGCUCCAUCACUGAGCCGCUGCUGAGAGAGGCUGUAGAGUCUCAGAUCCGGAGUUUUGGUCAGACUCCAUCUCAGCUGCUGAUCGAGCCUCAUCCACCACGAAGCUCCGCCAUGCAGGUGACCCCCCUGAUGUUUACGGAGCAGAUGCAGCAGGACGUGAUCAUGGUGCUGAAGUUUCCCUCUAACUCCCCGGUGGUGUACGUCUCGGCUCACACCCAGGCCGGCCUGGCCAGCCCCGCCAUCGUCACCGUCACGGCCAACCGAAUCUUCUCCAUUAACAAGUGGCACGGCCUCACCGGUCACCAGAGCUCCUCGAACACGGAGCAGCAGUACCAGCUACCGGUGGAGAUCGACCCUGUGAUAGUGGGUAACCUGAUGCACCGCAGACAGGUGUGUGAUUUAUUGGAUCAGAGCGUGGAGGUGAACUCACACUGCUUCCUCGUCUCGGCCGAUAAUCGCUUCCUCUUCAUCGCCGGCUUCUGGGACAAGAGCUUUCGCAUUUACAACACUGACACAGGGAAGCUGGUACAGAUCGUGUUCGGUCACCGUGACGUGGUGACGUGUGUAUUCCGGUCCGAGUCGUACAUCGGAGGCGACUGCUACGUGCUGAGCGGCUCGAGAGACGCCACACUGCUGCUGUGGUACUGGAGCGGCAAACACUGCUGCAUCGGCGACUCACACAACGACUUUGUGACCCCGCGAGCGAUUUUGACGGGCCAUGACUGUGAAGUGACCUGCGCAAGUGUGUGCGCGGAGCUUGGAGUAGUCAUCAGCGGCUCCAGAGACGGUCCGUGCCUGUUACACUCAGUGAGCGGAGAGCUGCUGCGUGUGUUCGAGAGCAGCGAGAGGCCGAUGCUGAUGCAGGCGAGCGCAGAGGGACACUGCGUCAUCUACUACCGCUCCGGACACGUGUGUGUGUACAACAUCAACGGCAAACUGCUGCGCGACACACACAUCGAGGACAACAUCAAGGCGAUGUUGUUGAGUAAGGAUGGUCAGUACCUGCUGUGUGGUGGAGAACGCGGGGUUCUCACAGUGUGGCAGGUCCAUGAUCUCAAACAGCUCUUCACUUAUCCAGGCUGCGAUGCCGCCAUUCGCUCCAUGGCCAUGACCACUGACCAAAGAUGUAUCAUUACCGGCAUGGCGUCUGGCAGCAUCGUUCUCUUCUACAACGACUUCAACAGGUGGCACCACGAGUACCGAACCCGCUACUGAUCCCUCUCUCUGUUAGCACACACACACACACACACACACACACACUGUAACCAUGAAGACGACGGCCUGGUCGAACCCUGAACACUGAAUGUAAUCAGAAUAGCGUAGAUAUUUUUAAUAAAAAAAAACAAAAGAGUGUUGCUAAGUUUUGUAGAUCUUCUAGAUUUUUUCUGAUUAAAUAUUAAAAAAAAAAAUCUAUUUUUUCCUCUAUUUUCAUCUCGACGCUAAUGUGAGCGCGUAUACGUGUAUGUAUAUAUAUAUAUAUAUAUAUAUAUAUAUAUAUAAAACUAUAAAUGCUAAUUAGGUGCGUGCCGAUACUUAACGUUGAUAUCGAGCAUCAGUAAUGAAGUUUAUUCAUCAUAUUGUUUUGUUAUAAUAAAGACGUCUCUGUCCCUGUACUGCCUUUCGAACGGGACACGUUUCUUUAUCUCUCGCUCUACGCGGUAACAAAUAUCGCGACAUAUCAUAUCAUAUAAUAUAUAUAUAAAACCCUGAUUAUCGGCACAUCCCUAACGGAGUGACUUUAUGUGUGUCCUUGAGGGUGAGUGGGAUUAAAUCUUUUUUUUUUUGUCUUUAAUGCUGUGACUGUUAACUCUAAUUCUGAUUAAAGGGAGAAUACUGUAAAGCUACGGAGCGAAACUCAAACUGAACACUGCAGAGUAAAAGCGUAUUAGCUGCCUGAAAUUCCUAGUGCACCGCCAAAAUCGUAGGUUUCCGCUGUUUGAUGAUGUGGUUACUAUUGAUCUGUUUAAACUUGGGGCUGCACAAUUUGAUUGAAAAACUUUCCUCAAUUUAAUUGUUUAAUUUAAACAGUUAAAAAUACAAUUUAUCAUUCAGUCAUAUUUACUGAAGCUAACAGCAAAUAAUGGCACAAGUCAUAUCAUUGAUGCUGUUUGCCAAUAUUUAUCAUAUUUAAAAGUAUUAAUAAAUAAUAUAAAAAAUAAUAUAUAAAAAAAGAAAUUAUUGACAAACUCUACGUAAAUUCCCGUCUUUAUUACCUGUAAUAAAUUGCAGUCUUUUGUAAAUGGGUUCAUUUAGAGAUUUUUAUUUGUAAAAUUUUUAUAAUUAAAUUGUGCAGCUCUAGGGGGCGGGGCCAAGUUUUGUUUUUUUUUUCCAGAUGAAUUUCAAAGGUUCAGUUUAAUCAAGCAAAUUUCAGCACACUGUAAUCGUUAGCUCACGUUUAGUCUCCUUUCUGAGCUACGCGCGAUAGCUAGCGCCGAAGCAAUAACAUACGUCAAGCACAGGGUGCACAAAGUAACGAUGUCCUGCGAUCAAUUCGUGAACACUACAUAAAGCCUACCUUAAGUCUUAGACUCCGCCCUAUUGUUUGAGAAGCACCUCGUCAUUAGCUACAUCAACACGCGGAGUGACUGCGCAAGUUACGAUUCGCAAGCAUCCUGAGCUUUACACUCAACAGCGGAAUUACAAAUCAUAAAAUUACCUUCUUUUUUUUUUUUUGCGUCAUGUACGAUUGUUUCAGAGCUGCGCUGAUGAUCUUUAGUCUCCGUUUGUUUAUUAAAGUCCUGUAAUUAAAACGUUAGCAGAAACUUUGCAGUGGUGUUAAGCUUUAGUUCAUGUGGAGGGGUUGCUGCAAGAGAAUUGCAAAAAACUGUUAUUAUUAUUAUUAUCGUUAUUAUUGUUAUUAUCCUCAUCUUUGUAUCUCUUUUUUUUCUUUCAUAUCUUUUCUGUCAAUCUACCAGACCUGUCUUAGUGUGUCUUACUGUAUUCACAUAUCUACCCAAACAGGAAGUGAUGUCAUAAGUGAAACCUUUCGAAGCUCAAUUAGUUAAAUACUUGCACUAUGAAAUAGAGCUGACAUGAUGCUAAAAUGUGGUGAAAAAAUUAUGCCUGAAAUGAAACACUGGAGCGCGGAGGCUGGGCACGUGCCGAUAUCACGAUCAUCACGCUUCACGAUACUUUCACGCCAUCUUUUUCUAAUUCUAUCCAAAGUAAGAGCUCUUUAUGCUAUUCCAUGUGAUCGGGACACAGCCGAACCUUGCUGCCUCGGCCCACGGCGAGUGCUGAUCUGUCUAUCGGCACGUGCCUGGUGGUGACGACAGCGACACCUGCUCGUCAUUUCCUCAUUGUUUGUUUUUUAGCUAUGUUUCGUUUUCAUGACAAUCAGAGUGAACAGGUGUGUGACGAAAUUGAAAUAAUAAAACGAGUUUUAUAAGCGAAUUCAAA